UCAAGUCUCAACUGUUCAAUUGACCUAUAGCACACACACACACAAACUAAUUUCAUAGAAUGAGGAUUGUCGACCCCCAAUCCGCCGUUCUCUCGAAUAUCGAGGUCCUAGCCUACCUCACAGCCAACCCGCCGCGACGACCCCCGAACCCGCCGCCGAACUCCAGGCACUGGGUUCCCAGUCCCGAUCUGCGCGACCACAAUACUGUCGUCAAAGAGAUUCACAACUACGUCUCCCGCCUCUCCCCGCACCUCCAAACUUACCCUCAAUACACGCAUCUCCCGCUCGCAGAACUCGAAGCGCAAGCGCAAGCUCAAGCCCAAGCCCAAGCGCAGGCAGCCACUCACAACAACAAUAACAACACCUCAUCAACGACAACACUCCCAACCCUCCUACCGCCCACGACGCUCAACAAACCCACGCCGAUCGACCAUGCCCUCCGCGACCUCGUCACGCGGCUGCAGCCCUACGGCCUCACGAAGGGCGAGGUUCUCAUGAUCAUCAAUCUGGGAAUCGGAUUGACGCCCGCUGCUGCGGCGGAGGAAGAGGAGGGCGAUGAAGAAGCGGGGUCCGAGGAAUAUGAGGAGGUGGAAGAGGAGUUGAUAGAGGAUGACCGUGCUGCGGCUGCUGCGGAGGAGGAGGGGCAGCAGGCGGAUGAGAUGGAGGUGGACGAUGGUGCGGUGGCGGCGGGAGAAGAUGCUGUUGCUGAUGGGGAGAAUGGAGAAGCAGGGGUGGAGGAGGAGUUGUCGGAGGAGGAUUACGGGGCGUUGGCUUUGCUGGAUACGGUCAUCGAGGAGCGGGAGGAGCGGUUGAGUAAUGCGGAUGUGGCGGGGAUUUUGGCUAUUAUUCGGGAGACACUAGGAAGUGGUGGUGGUGGUGGUGGUGCGGCGGCGGCGGCGAGCUGAGGUUGAUGGUGGGGGGCACGAAGCAAGAAACUAACAUAACAAGCAGAUGGUGGUGUUUGAUUCUAUAUACCCGUGGUGUUACGUGAAAGAGUUACAUUGUAUACUGGAAGGGGUCUCAUUUUUAGGCUGGAUUUCAAAAGGGUUCUGCAUGUGAGGACUUUUAAAAAGCAGGAAUUAGGUCAUGUUCUAUCUAUCUAUACAAU